AUGAACAUGUACCACGAGGUGGCUGGCAAAGUCCUCGACAUGAAGCGUCAGCAGCUGUACGAGCCGAGCGUGCUGCCGCUGACCAGCCACCUGUUGCUGCUCAACCCCGAGUUCCACGUG